AUGUUGGAGGGACUGAUAGCAUGGGUUCUGAACAACUAUCUGGGGAAGUACGUGGAGAACCUGAACACGGACCAGCUGAGCGUAGCUCUCCUGUCCGGGAAAGUGGAACUAGAGAAUCUUCCCCUUCGAAAGGAUGCUCUUCGUCAUCUGGGUCUACCAGUGGAGAUCAAAGCGGGAUUCAUCGGGAAAGUCCAGUUGCAAGUACCAGUGCGACAAAUCCGCUCCGCGCCCUGGCUGAUCGCCAUCGAGAAGCUGUACUUAGUUGCCGCUCCGGUCAAUUUGGAUGAGUGGGACAGUACCGCAGAAGCGUCUAUCGCGCACGAGCGCAAAAUGGCGCUGCUGGAUGCAUUGGAGGCGCAAUGGCGUACAGAGUACGAAUCCGCCGAUACGGCCGGGUACUACGCCACUUCGUACUCAUCCUGGCUCAGCUAUGGUACUGGACUGCUCGCCAACAUUGUGGAGAACUUGCAGCUGAAGUUGAACGAUGUACACAUCAGAUACGAGGAUUCGAUUACGUCUUCUUUACCGUUUGCCUGCGGCCUGACCGCCGAGUCUUUGUGCGCCGAGUCAUGCGACUCCGAGUGGCGAUGCGGCUUCACCUUCUUGACGGACCCCGAAGGGUGUUCGUUCAAGCUGCUGGAACUGCAGCGCCUCGCCGUGUACUGGGACCCAAUGCCAGUGCCCGCAGGCAUGUUCGCCAACCACAGCAUACAGGAGCUAACGGAGUGUAUGUCGGAAACGUGGCGCGGAUCCCACCGAUACCUGGUCCGGCCCGCGUCCGCGUGGGCUCGCGUGCGACGGGAGCGCACCGAGCAACCGCUCCGGUCCCGCGCCCGCCCCCGGCUCGCCUGUCACCUUACGCUGGACGCGGUCACGCUCAACCUCAGCAGCAGGCAAUACAACGAGGCCGUGUCGUGCGUGGCCGGGCUCGAGCGGCUGGCGCGCGUGCGCGAGUACCGCGCGCGCCGUCCCGCCGGCCCCGUUAAGCACAACGCGCGCGAAUGGUGGCUCUACGCGCUCUCCUGCCACAUACCGGUGCACUCCUGGACUGAACCUAAGCCGACGUGGGAGUCCUGUCUGAAGUGCGCUCGUAAGACCCGAGCGUACGUGGACGCUUGCUUGGUGACCCUGAGCAACCCAGCCGCGACACUGCCCGCUGACAAGAAGGCCGCUAAGGAUGAGUACGAGUGGGGUACGCCGCUACAUCAGCUCAAGGCGCUUAGAGAGGUGGCAAUGCGUAAAGUGCCAAAAUCAACUCCAGCAUCAACACCUGACAAGCCAGCCAGCUCUGGUCGCAACAUGCUGGUUCACUGGUUCCCACAGUGGAUGGGAUGGUACGGAGCACCAUCACAAGACUCGGCAGCAUCCACCCCAUCUGCGGCGUCUGCACCCUUCCCGUCACCAGUUACGACACCAUCAUCGAACCCUAUGCCAGCUCCCAACUUGACACCAGCAGAUCUGGAGGAAGAGAUCCUAGAUGUGAUAGCAGACUCUAUAGAUAAUAAUACUAUGUUGAAAAGAGAUACAGUGUUUGGAAAGUUUGAGUUUAUAUUGAACAAGGGAUCGCUUAAUUUAUGUAUGGAAAGCGAAGACGAAAAUAAUAAAGCCCCCCAAUCGGAGGGCGGAACGGGGAGUGCAGGCAGUGCGGAGGCGCAGGGCACGGGCAUGGAGCUGCAGUUCUCGUGCGUGCGCGUGGGCAUCGAGUCGCGGCCGCGCGCCUCCUCGCACGCGCUGCACGUGUCGCUGGGCUCCGUGUGUCUGCGGGAGCGGAUCACACCCAACACGCUUUUCCCUAUACUUAUUGCGCCGCAGGGUGUUAUCCGCGAAGGUCUGAGCUCGCUGAGCGCGUCGGGCGCGGCCAUGUCGUGGUGCCGUGCGCACGCGCAGCAGGGCAGCACCGCCAGCGCGCACGCAACUCACGAGCCGCUCUUCCAGCUCACCUACGAGAAGAAACCCUUCGGCAUGAACUGUGAUUAUAAGCUGUGGGUGAAGUCGGCCCCGCUGGAGGUGGUGUACAACGCGGCGGCGGUGCGCUGGGCGCAGCAGUGGGUGUGCGCGCCCUGGGCGCAGGCCUACGCGCACGUGCGCGACACCACCAGGGCGCGCCUGCGCACGCACUGGGAGCACAUGAUGUACACGCACGCGCACCCGGGCGACCGUGGCACAUGGCAAGUAGAACUGGACAUAUCAGCGCCACAGAUCUUGUUCGUGGAGCAACUAUCCUCACGCGACUCGGCCGUGCUGGUGGUGGACUUUGGACGACUUCGCCUCGCUAACGCCAACCUCGCCGACUGCGCACCACACACACCGGUGGACGACGAAGAAAUGUUCAUGACUCCGUGCUCGACUCCGCCGGGCAGCCUGCUGUCGCCGAGCUCGCCACCGGAACCGCCGCACCAUCCGGCUCAGUCUGGUCUGGACGCCGAUAACCUACAUAACAGACUCUAUGACAGAUAUAAAAUAGAGUUAAGCGAUUUACAAAUCCUAGUGGGUCGCGCUCGCGACAACUGGAAGUAUGCACACACUAAGAGUACCUCCUCGCUGCAUCUCCUUGACAGAUUCAGCAUAUUGCUGCAGGCGGAGCGGCGCGUGGUGGCGACGCACGACCCGCAGUACCCGGGCGCCACGGUGUGCGGCUCGCUGCCCGCGCUGGUGGUGCACCUGAGCGAGCAGAAGCUGUUCGCCGUGCGCGCCGUGCUGGCCAGCGCCGCGCCCGACCACGAUACUCCAGAGUACCAAAACCAGGAACCGGAAGGCGCGGAAGAUGACGAGGAGAGCAGCGCUAGUCUUGACGUCAGUUCCAUGAUGAAUCUUCAGCACAACUCCACGCUAUUCAUGAUGCAGUUUGCCAUAGAACAGAUGUCUUUAGAGGUACAAUCAAUGGGACGUUCAAUAGCUGAAGUCCAAGUGUGUGGUGUGAAAGCUGCGCUGACGGUGAGACCGCGCGAUGUCUCCGUCUCGCUCUCCGUGCAUUCUCUGCUGCUGGUGGACGCUCUGCAGACGUAUGGACCCGACUUCGAGUUACUCGUAGCCAGUCACAAGCAUGUCGGAAUGGACACAAUGUCUGGCAGCAUCCGAGGCUCGGAGCCCACGUCCCCAACGUCGCCCACUUCCCCCACCUCCCCGCAUUACCCUCCAUCGCCGGACGCUCGCUCAGCUCCGUCACUAGCUCAUCCACAAGCGUUACAUCAAGCUUUGAACUCGUUACAUCUUGGGGCUAGAAAGCCUUCAGAUGCUGAUCGGGUCAGCCCAGCGCCGAGCUGGAUCUCAGGCACGGGCUACAACUGGAACGGUAGCUCAAUGUUCGGGCCGGGGUGGGGCGCCACGUGGUCGGCCGGCUGGGCUGGGACUACCACGGCGUGGGGCGCGCCGGGACUCGUCGACUCUGAGGCGCUCAUCGCUGUCGAGCUGUGCAUCAUCAAGGGAAAUAACUCUACUGAAGAUCUGAGAAUUGCGAAUAUACUGUUUAAUAAUCUUGAUAUUAUAGCUAACCAAGAAACUAUAGUGGAGUUGAUCGGGUUCACACAACGCGUGAUGGGUCCUAAAGCGACUACUAAGAAACCCCCGAGUGACGUAGGACUCGAGGAGCCAAUCACUACAAGCACAUAUUCAUACACAAUAACUGAAGACGAACCAAAGAGGGAUGUUCGGACGGAAAUAACAUUUGAUUUCCACCGCCUGGGCGUGCUACUCCUGCGAGCAGCUGUCCACGAGGGGAACGUGGUCGCAAGGAAGAUUGCCACAGCCACCAUUAGCGAAGCCAAGAUACAGGCCACUGUUGACGGCAGCCGAGUUGAAGUAGGCGGGUCAUUGGGCGGUGUCCAGGUGGUGUCGCUGUGUGAGGGGGGCGGACUCCACACCCGUGUACUGGCGGCGGGCCGAGCUCCUCCUCCCCAUGCGCCCGCGCCCGACGAGGACGACGAGAAGGCGCUGCUAUUUACUAUUCACAGGAAGGUGGACAAGUCUCAGGGUGGGGAUGCUCCAGUGGUGGAGGCAACAGUGAGCCUGCACGUGGCGAGCGUGUGGUACACGCACUCGGGCCCGCUGCUGCGCGAGCUGCGCUCGUGCCUCACGGAGUUCAAGCAGUACCUCGCCAACCUGGCGCGCUCCAUCCGCGCCGCCGCCGCCGACAUGGCCAUCGGACUCGUGCACCCCAGAGGCGAGCCGCUGUACUCGAACCCGAAGCUGUCGCAGUCGACGGAGGGCGUGUCGCCGCGCCGCCGCACCGUGAGCGCGGGCGCGUCGCUGGACGAGCCCGCAGACCUCAAGUCCGACAACAUCGUGCUCAGCGUGAGCAUUGAGCUUGAGUCUCCGGUGGUGGUGGUGCCCCGCAACGCGCACAGCUCGCAGGUGCUGCUAGCGCACCUGGGUCGCAUGAGCCUCGCCAACCGGCCCGGCCCCCCGCACCACACUCUAUACAAAGUGCGAGUGAGAGACAUCUCGCUGGCUACCUUGGACGUCGCUGACAAGUUGUCAGUGCAGCAGUUCUCUGAGAACAUGUCGGACAUGUACGACGUGACGGCUGCCAAGCCCGUGCUGCACAACACCGCCCUGCAGUUCACCGUCAACUACUGCGACAACGAUCCUGAUACCAGGGCUGAUUAUCAGUGCGAAGUUGAGGGCAAGAUAGUGGGAGGGCUGCAGGUGUCCGCUUGCCGCGAGCAGUACGAGCAGUUGUUAGAGACACUGCGCUGGAUCAGCAGUGACUCGCCGCCCGACGUCGUCGACGGCGUCGGUGAACACACCGUGCCUGCUCAUCACGCACAGAUGCAGCAGAGCGUGAGCUCGGUGCUGGAGGGCGCGGUGCCGACGCUGCGCCUGGACCCGGCCGUGCGCGCCGCCGUGCUGGCCGUGGCGCCGCCCGCGCCGUCGCACAGUGCGCGCGCGCCCCCGCACCGCCCCGCCGCGCAGCCCCCGCCGCUCACGGUAAAAUUCGAGCUCCCAACGUUUAGUGUGGAACUGCGAGCGGACCUCGGCGAAGGAGAACGCAGCCUCGUUGAACUAUCGUUUAGAGAAUUCAAGCUACAGUACCAGAAAUCACAUCCAUACGAGAAUAUGUUACAGGUAUCUCAGUAA